AAGCGCACAAGCAACAAGUCAACGUGGAGUCCACGCAAAAACACGGCGCGUUGGUCCAGGUUGCGUUGUGAAAGGUCAUCCUAGCUUGACCCUUGGUGUGUGUACAAGCCGCCAUGCGGGUGCUGGGUGUCGUUCUGUUUGGCUCUGCAACGCAGGCCUUUUUGACAGUCCCGCCGCACACAAGUCCGCCGUCAACUGCAUGUGCCAGCAACCCCCAACUACAUGUACCAUUUGCUCGACACCUUCAAUUACUAUGGCCAAGAGCUUCCAGCACUGUUGUGCGAAUGCUCGGAGGGGAAGAAGGAAGUGAAGAGGAGAAAGGUUACACAGACGUUACGGUUCGAGAGGCGGUGGAGUGGACCAUGAGCAAGGACUCAGAGUUCAGCUACAUCGACAUCCGAUCGGCAGAAGAGCAUGAAAAGCUGGCAACAGUAAGGGGGGCGUUGUGCAUCCCAGCGUUCGAAUUAGUCAUGCCCGAGGCAGAGGAGAAAGGAGAGGGGCUUGACGACCAAGACAGCGAUGACACCGGGUAUGCUCCAGAUUAUAACUUCGAGGAACUGGACUACACGGUCAAGCCAGACUUCGUGGACACGAUGAAAGCUCGAUUCGACCUGGACGCGAAGCUCUUGAUAGGGUGCAAGACCUACAGAUCGGCAAAGGCUUGCGAGCUUCUGGUCGCAGCAGGAUUCACCGAGAUCUACAACGUAGAGAGCCAGAUUUUCAUGAGAACGCGAGCACCUGAAGUGUGGUCAUAGGGUGUAGAGCGACGAAAUCAGAGGAGAUUCAUGGGGUACUGUACGGACAUCGAAGCCAGAAUUAGAACCACGUGGGUCGAGCUUUCGUGGGUUGAUGGUAGAAGAGUAGAAUCAGGUUUCGUUCGUUUGUGUGUGCUUCGACAAUGGAAGCUUCGUAGGGAACUGCUGUAGUUGGUGAGAACAUCGAAUGAAGCCACAACCAGAACCACAAGUAGGUGGUAGAGUGAAACCAGGGUUUUCGUGCGUUGCGAAAAUCCAAGCUACCUGGAACAACCAUGUCUCAGACACGCGAGCGAGAAUAAAGCGUCUUCGGUGGAGCUGUCAGCCGUUUCAGGCAUACGCGACGUGGGUAUUUGGUUUCAUCUGCUGUGGUUUCGUCUUUUCCGUAACCCACACACGCUCAUGUCUUCCCGGAAAAGAAAUCGGCUCUCUCGCCCUUACUGGACGAGUGCCGGCAUAUGCGCUGGGUAACGCGUAUAGUUGCGACAAGGUAAAUAGAAAUUUCGCGUUCAAGCUUUACAGGUGUUCUUGGUGGCCCGUGCAAGGCAUGCUCAGCAGUAAUAGUUGCAGACCCGACGGUGAAUAUUCGUGCGUUGGAUCUAGUGGUCACGUACGUGUUUUUCCACCCCGAUAGAGCAGUAUAUGUUGGGCACACUGAUGCACCGUUUGUCACGCGGAAAUGCCAGAACAAUGUUUCGAUCGUGCAACUAACAAUCUCCGUCAUGCCAAGUUCAGGUACAUUGGUCGCCCCGGUGGUCUAGU